GCUCAGCCUCUGGCAUGCUGGCUCCUUCCAAGCAGCUGUUUUGGGUUUGAAAUUCCAACAUGGCAGAGGCUGCAGUCCGUCUUCCCUUCAAAAACUUGGAAUGAUUUCAAAUCAUAGGCACCUUCACUUAACCCUAGCUUCCAUUCAUCAGCAAACACAUCGGAUCGAUGCUACGCUAACCUAUCGGGAGCUCGCUCUGCGCGUCCAGGUUAAAUGAAUACCUGACGAAAGGGCCCACGUUUCAAGGCAGUGACAUUUGAUAGCUGAGAGGAAAAGUGGCUUUAAUGAAAAGCAACCUUUGGAAUUCCUGCUUGUGAGAAAUCCAAUUCAGCUUUUUGUGCUACCAGCAAGAAAUGAUCAGUAGCACCAGUGUUUAUGGCUUGAAGAUGCAGUGGACGCCGGAGCAUGCCCAGUGGCCAGAACAGCACUUUGACAUCACCUCAACCACUCGGUCUCCCGCCCACAAAGUUGAAGCCUAUAGAGGUCAUUUGCAGCGCACCUACCAAUAUGCCUGGGCGAAUGAUGACAUAUCUGCUCUGACUGCGUCCAACCUUCUGAAAAAAUAUGCAGAGAAGUAUUCUGGCAUUUUGGAAGGUCCCGUAGACCGACCUGUACUCAGCAAUUAUUCAGACACACCAUCAGGACUCGUGAAUGGUCGGAAAAAUGAUAGCGAACCCUGGCAGCCUUCCUUGAAUUCAGAAGCCGUUUAUCCUAUGAACUGUGUCCCGGAUGUCAUCACUGCCAGCAAAGCUGGUGUCAGCUCAGCCCUCCCUCCAGUAGACGUCUCAGCAAGUAUAGGGAGCUCCCCUGGGGUGGCCAGCAACCUGACAGAGCCAAGUUACUCAAGUAGUACUUGUGGAAGCCACACAGUACCUAGUCUUCAUGCGGGGCUCCCAUCUCAGGAAUAUGCUCCGGGAUACAACGGCUCAUAUUUGCAUUCUACCUAUAGCAGCCAGGCCACUCCUGCACUUCCUUCGCCUCAUCCGUCCCCGUUGCAUAGCUCUGGGCUUUUGCAGCCACCACCCCCUCCUCCUCCCCCACCAGCCCUGGUCCCAGGCUACAACGGGACUUCCAAUCUCUCCAGUUACAGUUAUCCCUCUGCUAGCUAUCCUCCUCAGACUGCCGUGGGGUCUGGGUACAGCCCUGGGGGGGCACCCCCUCCUCCUUCAGCAUACCUGCCUUCAGGAAUUCCUGCUCCCACCCCUCUGCCCCCGACUACCGUUCCUGGCUAUACCUACCAAGGUCAUGGUUUGACACCCAUCGCACCCUCUGCUCUGACCAACAAUUCGGCAAGUUCUCUCAAAAGGAAAGCUUUCUAUAUGGCAGGGCAAGGAGACAUGGACUCCAGUUAUGGAAAUUACAGCUAUGGCCAACAAAGAUCGACACAGAGUCCUAUGUACCGAAUGCCCGACAACAGCAUUUCAAACUCGAAUCGGGGGAAUGGCUUUGACAGAAAUGCUGAAACAUCAUCCUUAGCAUUUAAGCCAACAAAGCAGCUGAUGCCCUCUGAGCAGCAAAGGAAAUUCAGCAGCCAGUCCAGUAGGGCUCUGACCCCUCCUUCCUAUAGUACUGCUAAAAAUUCAUUGGGAUCAAGAUCCAGUGAAUCCUUUGGGAAGUAUACGUCGCCAGUCAUGAGUGAGCACGGGGACGACCAUCGGCAGCUCCUCGCUCAUCCAAUACAAGGUCCGGGACUCCGUGCAGCUACCUCAUCCAACCACUCUGUGGACGAGCAACUGAAGAACACUGACACGCACCUCAUUGACCUGGUCACCAAUGAGAUCAUCACCCAAGGACCUCCUGUGGACUGGAGCGACAUAGCUGGUCUCGACCUGGUGAAGGUGGUUAUUAAGGAGGAGGUUUUGUGGCCAGUGCUGAGGUCAGAUGCAUUCAGUGGGCUGACCGCCUUACCCAGAAGCAUCCUUCUCUUCGGACCUCGGGGUACAGGCAAAACACUUUUGGGCAGAUGCAUAGCUAGUCAGCUAGGAGCCACGUUUUUCAAAAUUGCCGGUUCCGGACUAGUUGCAAAGUGGUUAGGAGAAGCGGAGAAAAUUAUCCACGCCUCUUUUCUUGUGGCCAGGUGUCGCCAGCCCUCAGUGAUUUUUGUUAGUGACAUUGACAUGCUUCUGUCCUCUCAAGUGAGCGAGGAACACAGUCCAGUCAGUCGGGUGAGAACCGAAUUUCUGAUGCAGCUCGACACUGUACUAACUUCGGCUGAGGACCAAAUCGUAGUCAUUUGUGCCACCAGUAAACCAGAAGAAAUAGAUGAAUCUCUUCGGAGGUACUUCAUGAAAAGACUUUUAAUCCCACUUCCUGACAGCACAGCGAGGCACCAGAUAAUAGUACAGCUGCUCACACAGCACAAUUACUGUCUCAAUGACAAGGAGUUUGCACUGCUUGUCCAGCGCACAGAAGGCUUUUCUGGACUAGACGUGGCUCAUUUGUGUCAGGAAGCAGCAGUGGGACCUCUCCAUGCUAUGCCAGCUACAGACCUUUCAGCCAUUAUGCCCAGCCAGUUAAGGCCCGUUACAUAUCAAGACUUUGAAAAUGCUUUCUGCAAGAUUCAGCCUAGCAUAUCUCAAAAAGAGCUUGAUAUGUAUGUUGAAUGGAACAAAAUGUUUGGUUGCAGUCAGUGAUAACAUCUUUAAAAAAAAAUGUAAUGAAUGUUGGCACACACAUAAAACCUGCUACAUAGGGAAUAGAGCCCCUUUCCAGUAGUGUUUCAAUUGCUAAGGGUACUGGGGAAGACAACGAUUAUGUUGCAUCUUUAGAGUCAGGGUAGCUUUGGAGGAAGCAGGCAUCAGAUGAGCGCCUCUGAUUUGGAAGCCCCAGCUGACAGAAAGCAUAUACCUGUGGAUGCUCAGAUCGGUUCAAGCUAGACGACACUCACCGAGAGAAGCAAGGUGCAAGUGUGUUGAUUUCAGAAGGACAUGAACCUCGUGUGUUGAUUCCAUUCUGCUGUUCCCAAGAUUUAGUUGCUGUCAAGUGCCUGGAGUGGUGCUUUAUUUUUUUUGUUUGUUUGUUUGUUUGCCUCACAAUUACAUUGGUGGCAUGUGCUAAUAUAAAGAGCUUUAACUUCAAACACUAUUGGACUAAAGAGAUGAACGGUUGUGUUACAACAGAAAACCAGAUUUUUUUUGGCCAUUUUAAGAGCAACAGUAUUCCUCAAUCCUGUCUGUUCUGCAGUAUUAGCUAAGAACAGGUAAAGCAGGGUAACGGUAAUCUGGACCUUAAUUUCUGCAGUUCAUUUCUUUUAAUGUUCUUGUCUGCAAAAACUCAGGAAAGUGAUUGUGAUUUGUACAGUACCUCAAAGGAAUGUGUUAAAAGCACUAUGUACUGCUGAGAGUAAUAGGGUAGGCUUCAAUGUUACUUUAUAUUAAAAUGUAUGUUUACCUCAACAAUUGGAGAAUAGCAAGGAAAAUUAUUUUGAAUGUAUCCAGAAAAGAAAAGAAAAAUACUGAAGUGUGAUACAACUGAAUAUUUACAGUUUAAAAGUAGAAGUGGAAGGAUUUUUUUUUUUAAAGUUCUCUUACUAAUUAUGGGGAAUUAUUAACCAGAGCAGAACAAUUACUGAAGAGUUCUUAAUGCAUUGCUCUCCUUGAUGAUGAAGUGGAAAUGUUCAUAGAAGUUACACUGGUUAAUCGAAAAGCUAUGUCUUCAGUUUGUGUUGGUGUUUAGAGCAGUCAGCUGCAGACCCGUUUAAGACCCUGAAAGUGACAGAACCUACAAACUGUAUCUGCUUUCUACUGCCAUGGUGGAGGUGGUGGUGGUGGAGGAGGUGGUGAUGGUGAUGUUUUGGAAGCGCUCUCUUAAUCCUCUAGGGGAAGAGUCUAUUCUACUUCACUCAGAGUUGCUAGGCUUGCAGAGCUGUUUCACAAAAAGCAGAGAAUAGAACCAAAUCAAACAGUGCAAACUU